ACCUGCUAUAAAGCUGUUUUAAGUUUUGUGUAUUCCGGUGCUAAUGUUUAGAUAAGGAUAAUUACACGUAAAAAUAUUUACCGUUUACCGCGCAAUCCGACUUUCUGUGCCUUUUGUGUGGUUGUGCGUCAUCGAUGACAUCGAUUUGAGGAAUUAGGAAAACAACCCUGAUUACAAAGAAGGACUGUCAUCACUGACAUAUGAUAUGAAAAUUUUCUGAGCGUCGACUACUACUUCCUCUUCGUUAAUUUCACGGUAACUUUUUUCCAUUGGAUAUACUCCACGAAAUUGAUUGGUGGGUGAUGUAAACUGAAUCAAUGCAAUGAUAAUAAGAGAUAAAUAAGUCGAUUCAUCAAGUGUUCGGAUUAAAACUGGGAAAAAAAGAAGUCAGUGAACUCUACUCUGUUGAACAUAGAAAGUAAGAAAAAUUUAUAGAACGAUAAAAGGAAGAGCUUGAUAUGGCCCAUUCGGUGCGUGUAGAACGGAGCAUACAUGAAAUGCUAAAGGAUACGCCAUCAAUGAAUGACAGCGACAAUGCUGUUCACACUGGAACUGAAGAUUCUAGCAGCUGCACACCCCCCUUUAAAUCACCACCCACUAGUUUACCGUUAAGAAACCAUUCAGCACCCACAACACCCAUGUCCCCCAGAAGUCCUCCACAUAAUGGUAUGGAUUCUAGUAUACUUCGUACUGGUGCCUCAAAAAUUGAUAGUAUCAAAAAUUGGAGCAUAUCCACAUACAAAUGUACACGUCAGAUAAUGCUGGAAAAGUUAGGGAAAUCUGUACGUACAGUGGACUCUGAAUUGGAGGCGCAAAUUGAGCAACUCCGGGAUACACAACGCAAAUACCUAUCGGUUUUACGUCUUGCGCGAGCCUUUAGUUCACAUUUCCAUCAUGUUGUGGUCACACAGCAUGCUUUGGCAGAUGCAUUUGCAGAUUUGGCUCAGAAGAAUCCCGAGCUGCAGAAGGAAUUCAAUUGCAACUCGGAAACCCAACGAUCUUUAACGAAGAAUGGAGAACUUCUUUUGAAUGCUCUCAAUUUUUUUAUAUCAUCUGUGAAUACAUUGUGCAAUAAGACCAUCGAUGACACUCUACUCACCAUAAGGCAAUAUGAGACUGCCAGGGUUGAAUUCGAUGCAUAUCGUAUGGAUUUAGAAAAUAGUAAACCGGAAAUACCACAGUCAUCAACAGCCGAAGACAUUCAGAAGAAUUAUACACAACACAAAGAACUGUAUGAGAAGUUAAGAGAUGAUGUUGCCAUUAAAAUGCAGUUUUUAGAUGAAAACAGGAUUAAAGUAAUGCAUAAGCAAUUGGUGCUUUUGCACAAUGCAAUUUCCGCGUAUUUUUCGGGAAAUGCUGCUGCUCUCGAAACAACAUUAAAACAAUUUAAUAUUAAGUUAAAAUCGCCUAAUUCAGUUACAGGGUCGUGGCUUGAGCAGUAGUAAACUUUACAGAAAAUCUGAAUAUUCCUUGAACAAAACCAAAAGUAUUUUCUCUUGUCCACUCAUAUAAUCUUAUGGUUAAUUAACUAAAAAAACAUUAAAUGAAUAAAUCGUACAUAUAUGUAUUUUUAUGGCUUUUUAUGUACUAAAUUUAAUUGAACUUAUAUUAAACGAGAACAGCAUACUUGA